UGGCAGGAGGAGAUCUGGAAAGAAAAAACGAUGCAACAUGUGACCCAGGCGUCCAUUGAUCAAGGCUGCUGUUCAAACCUCGCUGCUUCUUUCUUCCUGGCUCUCAGUCUCCAAACGCGCUGGCUGUAAGAUCAGAACGAUGCCGGCCGCACUUGCAGAUGUUUUGAGUCCCAAACCCCUGGAUGGGGGUUGGGGCUGGAUGGUGGUGAUUGGUGCCCAUAUCUCUAUUGGAUUUGCAUAUUCGACUCCCAAAGCCUUGUCAAUUUUCUUCAAGGAUAUCCAAGAAGACCUGGGUGCCAGUUACAGUGAAAUAGCAUGGAUUUCCUCCAUCAUGCUGGCUGUAAUGUAUGCAGGCGGACCGGUCAGCAGUUUGUUGGUCAGACGCUUUGGAAGCCGGCCAGUGGUCAUGAUGGGUGGACUGAUGUGUGGGGUUUCUAUGGUAACAGCCUCGUUCGGGAGCUCCAUUGUUUACCUCUACCUUUGCAUCGGCAUCAUUGGAGGCUGGGGACUCUGCUUUAACCUGAACGCAUCUCUCACCAUCAUCAGUAAAUAUUUCCUCACCAAGCGACCGUUGGCCAACGGACUUGCCAUGGCUGGCAGUCCGGUGUUCCUCUGUUUCCUGGCCCCUCUUAACCAGUUUCUGUUAAGACAUUUUGGCUGGAGAGGAAGCCUGCUUAUCCUCGGUGGAAUGAUGUUAAACUGUUGUGUUGCGGGGGCCUUGAUGAGACCUGUACCUCAGCCCCCUCACCCAGGAUCUAUGGCACCGCCAGUGGAAGUGCAACAGGCAAACAUCACAAAGUCAAAAGGAAGCUGUAUGAAGACAGCUAAGACGUUUGUAGAUCUGUCUUUCUUCAAAGAUCAGGGCUUUAUCAUCUACCUCAUUGGAAAUGUGAUGUUCAUCUUUGGCGCCUAUGCGCCCAUCGUGUUCCUGUCAGCAUAUGCAAUUAAGCAAGGUGUGGAGGAGUACUCAGCAGCCUAUCUGCUCUCUAUCAUGGGCUUUGUUGAUAUGUUUGUUCGGCCUGGCACCGGAUUGGUAGCCAACAGCAAGUGGAUCAGGCCGAGAAUCCAGUACCUCUUCAGCUUCGCUAUGAUCUUCAACGGCACCAUUCAUCUGCUUUGCCCUCUGAUGACGACCUACCCCCUGCUGGUGGCCUAUGCCGUGUUCUUUGGCGUGGGAUUCGGGAUGGUGUUUGCCCUAAUAUUCGAAUGUCUCAUGGACCUGAUGGGAAACCAGCGCUUCCCUAGCGCCGUGGGACUGGUGACCAUUAUCGAAUGCUUCCCCAUGUUACUGGGACCCCCCGCUGCAGGGUUACUGGUGGACAUCUUCGGUGACUACAAGUACCUUUUCUUAAUGUGUGGAGGUGUAAUCACGACGGGGGGAGUUUUUCUCCUCAUCAUGAACGUCUACAACUACAACAGGUUAGACAAAGCAAAGAGAGGGAACAGCUCAGAGCAGAACCAGAACAAUACGGAGCAGAACCAAAACACCAUUGAGAACCAGGAGCAGGAGAGCAGCUCAGAGGCUCAGAGGGAACUGAUGGAUGUGGCCCAAUCAGAUCCAGCCGGCCAGGAAGAAACCAGUUAAACCAUUUACUGACUGAUGUAUUACUGCAAUAAUAUGAUGAAAAUGGAAAGCUUUUAUUUCAGCUCCGGAGCAGAGAAGUGGAUCUGGAUUUAAAAAAAAGAUGCUUCAAACCCCUUAAAAUGAAUCCAAUAUUUUUCAUCUCAGCACCCUGCUAACGGACCUGAUGAUCACCCAGUUUCUGUUUCUGGGCGAUCCCAGGAAAUUUUCAUUCAAAAUGUCCUGUUUUAUUUAAGAGUUCAUGACACAAUGCUGAGAUUUAGCAGAGAAACAGGCCCACAGCCUCAAUAAUCCCCAACAUACCUAACAAUGGGCACGAAUUGCUUUUCUAGUCAUGUCGUAUUUCUACUUUUGUGACAAAUUCAAAGACCCUUUAAAGGAAUAAUACAUUUUGAAAUAAAGCAUCAGUCAAUUAUUCUAAAAUAAUUGGUAGAAGCAUUGGCAAUAAUUAUGCCAUUAGAUUUUGUUAAACUGUUAUUUGAGCCCCCCACCCCUUUAAAUGAAGGACUUGAUUUAUCUAUAUCUAUAAAACAUGGAUUUAUUUUAUUUUUACACAUAUUUCUGAACGGUUUUCACAUCCUUUGACUGAGAAUGUCGUUACCUCAACACCACGGCCAUAGUUUAGAAGUGAAUAGAUGACGUGUGAUAAUCUAAUAAUUGAAUAACUUCUCAGGUAUUGUUUAACUUUAAAUUUCAGGGCUUAUUCUGUCUGUGAUAUAAAAACAUACUUUUUACACUGUUACACAAGAGCCUUAAUGGUGAGGCCAUCAGAAUACUUGCAUUUGAGAAAUGUCAUUAAGCAUUUGACUUUUAAGAAAACUAGCUAAAUCUACAUGAAUUAGAGAAUUGCAGAAUUUCACCUUUUAAAGUAUCCUUUCAAAUUCACUUAAUAGGUCAUAUACUACAGAAUAUUACAAAAAACAUAUUUAGAACUGUGAAAUGAACUGCUGAGAUUAAAUAUAAAAGAGGAGUUUCUAAUAAACUCUUUUUUUUUUCUUACUAUGUGGGCAUGUAAAUAUAAGCUUGAUUAAUAUAGUCUUAGACCAUACUAAUCACUAACACUGUUUUUUAAACUUGACAUGUCCUCUAAAUGGUGUUCAAGAAGAAUAAGAAAAGCUCAAAUGCUGAUUUUACCUCAGUAAUAUUAUGGUCCUGACAGGCUUCCCAGGAUGGAGGUGUCACUCCUCUACAGUCUGACGCAUAGCGUCCAUGUUCUGUGUUUAUGGGCACGUCAGAAAUUCCUCCUAUUUUUAUAUUGUCUGUUGGUGAAACUCAGGUUUGGACCAAAGCAGAUUGAGCCAAACUAUUAGUGUGGUUCAAUUAUUUAUUUGAUCAGAGACUGUGUACAGAUUUGAAGUAGAGAUCGACCUAUGCCGUUUUUUUUGUUUUUUGUUUUUUUUUGUGGUUAAUGUAGAUACUGAUUAUUUUGACAUCAGUCUAACUCUGUGGCUGGCAAUGUCGGCCCUCGAGUUCCACUGCAGCUUUUGCAUUCAUCCCUGCUCAAACACAGCUAAAACAAAAGGCUGUUUCCUCCAGGGCAUGUCGGGAAGUUCAGCAGAUGCCUGGCCAUUAAACAUGUAUUUGUGUUAGGUGCAAAAGUUGCAGGACAGUGGUUCUUGAGAGCCGACGAACCCCAAUAUGUGCUGCUGAAUGUUUGGACCAAUUCUUGAAGCCAAUACUGCUCUUUCUGGUAAACACCUUAAAGAAUUAGAAAAUUCUGCAGAUUUCCAUUGAUGCUUGAUUUCAGCAAAAUAUUGUUACAUUUAUCUGUAAUUGUAAGGUUGUCCCGUUUGCUUGUGGCCAGCUUGAUAUACAGCAGGAUAAAUUCGAUAUGAUUGGAGCAUAAAGGAAGGCUUUAGAUACCUCAGAUAUAGUUUUCCGAUUCAUUAGAUGGUAGCAAGAUAAUAUGCUUUUUUCAAAACUGUGCCUAGCAUUAUUUAAU